AUUGCACUGAAAUCAUCCAUUCAAAGCCGCAGCGGCUGGAUGAAGAAGUUUUAAAAAAAAGAGAAUUUUUCCCACUUUUUCCCCUUUCAUUGUCAUAAACGUUUCUCCCUCAGUGUGACACGUUGACAGUUUUCGGGCAGCACUUUCAGUGCAGUGGAAGCCGGGCUCGGGUCGGUUGCCUGCUCCGACCCUCCGCUCGUAGAUGCGGCUCUGCCUGCCGCUUGCUCCUUUCCUUGGGGUGCGAGCCUCGGCUGCCGCUGGAACGUUCUGGAAGUGCGGGCCGAGCUGGAGCCGCUCUCCCCAUGGCCGGGCGCACAGGCGCGGCUGGAAGGUGGGACGGUUUGUGCAGCCGCGACCCGGGCCGGCGGCAGGCAGCGCUGGACGGUGUCAGGCAGGCGGUGCUGAGCUUGAGCGAAAGGCUCGGCGGCGGCGGACCUCCGGCUCCCAGCCCCGGCUGCAGCUCGCCCGCCGACGGCUUGAACGAGUACCUGGUGCGGCUGCUGGUGCUGUCCAGGAGAUGCCCCUUCAGCGACGUGAGAGACAAGUGCGGAGCUAUCCUGCAGGUAGUGCAGGAAAUGGGUGUGAGAAUCCCUAGGCCUUUGGCAGAAGGACCAAGUGAAUUUAUUCCUGAAAAAGAAAUCCUGCGACUAGGAAGAGAAGAUGCAGAGAUACGUGUAUUGUUGAUUGAAGCGUUUGCAACUUUGGGUCGACUGGACAACGUAACCUUAUUGAUGGUUUUUCAUCCACAGUAUCUUGAUAGUUUUCUCAAAACCCAGCAUUACCUAAUGCAUGUGGAUGGUCCAUUGCCAUAUUGUUAUCGGCAUUACAUUGCGAUAAUGGCUGCAGCGCAACACCAGUGCUCGUAUCUUGUAAAUCUCCAUGUUAAUGACUUUCUCCAAGUUGGCGGGGAUCCCAAAUGGCUAGCAGGAUUAGAUUCUGCUCCUCUGAAGCUUCAGACUUUAAGUGAAGUGAAUAAAAUUCUUGCUCACAGGCCUUGGCUUAUUACUAAAGACCAUAUUGAAAAGCUUUUAAAAGCCGAAGAGCAUGGCUGGUCACUGGCUGAGUUGAUACAUGUGGUGGUACUGCUCACCCAUUAUCAUUCUCUUGCAUCUUUCACAUUUGGAUGUGGUAUUAACCCUGAACUACGUUGUGAUGGAGGCCACAGUUUUCAACUUCCUUCUGUUGGUAAUUGCUAUUUAUUUGCUAUUACAAAUGGCAACAAUGCUGUGGAAGAACGACUGAAUGUUCAAGUGGGGAGUGAACAGGGUACAGAAACCACUUGUGAGGUAGAAGCCCUGAUGGAAAAAAUGAAACGUCUACAAGAAUGUAGAGAUGAAGAGGAAACAAGCCAAGAGGAAAUGGCAACAAGAUUUGAGAGAGAAAAGACAGAGAGUUUCUUCGUUGCACCUUCAGAAAAUGAGAAAUCAAUAGACACUAGGGAGAUUUCUCGUCAUUUUGAGGACCCGAGCUAUGGUUACAAGGAUUUUUGCAGACAUGGUGAGCAAUAUGUGCCCACUUUUCGAGCUCAGGAUUAUACUUGGGAAGAUCAUGGGUACUCCCUUGUUAACCGACUUUACCCAGAUGUUGGCCAGUUAUUGGACGAAAAAUUUCAGAAAGCUUACAACUUGACUUACAACACUAUGGCAAUGCAUAAAGAUGUUGAUACCUCAAUGCUCAGACGAGCCAUCUGGAACUAUAUCCAUUGUAUGUUUGGAAUAAAGUAUGACGACUAUGACUAUGGUGAAAUUAAUCACCUAUUGGAUCGAAACUUUAAAGUUUAUAUAAAAACUGUGGUCUGCUCUCCAGCGAAAACCACAAAAAGAAUGUAUGACAGCUUCUGGAGACAAUUCAAACACUCUGAGAAGAUUCACGUUAAUUUGCUGCUUAUGGAAGCUCGUAUGCAGGCAGAACUUCUCUAUGCUCUGACAGCCAUUACACGAUACCUGACAUGAAGACCCUGUACUCUCAUAACCAUCAAUUGGCAGUAGAGGAAACAGCCCUCAUUUGAACCAAAGGAAGCAAGUUACCCUCAAGUUCCAUUGUGCCAUACCAUACAACAUGAGAAAAGUGUUGUCUCAUUGUGCAUUAUGGCUAAUCUUCAACUACAGACCAUGCACAGAACAGCAAUGGAAGAGUGAAGAACCAAUGUGCAUCCUGAGUAUUUGAUCACCCAUGUGUGUUUUGGCAACAAAAUAAUUUCUAAUACACUGAAUGACUUGCAGCAUAAAAAAGCUAUGUGUUCUUUUUAAAGUAGAUUAGAAUAUGAAGUUGCUCUGGUAACUGGUGAUGAAGCUUUUUUUUAACAAAGGUUUUGUGGUCUAACAGAUUUUGUAUCUCAAGGACCAUUUUGUAGUUGAAAGUUGUUGGUGCUGCUAUUCCUGCCAAUGAAUUACUGCAAUCACCAAUUAUCUAAGUUGAGCUGAGACUAUCAAACUGUAUACUGCAGCCACCUGAGCCUGUACUGUGACAAACUGCAGUGAUGAGUUACAGUUUGAGACAAUAAUGACUUUAUAUUUGUUGGAAUUCUGCUACAUUUCUGUAUAAAUUAUAGAAGUAUUUUUGCUGUGAAACAGCAAUGUGCUUUAUUUUCACACUUUGUUUCAGAAAUUGGUGAAGUUUUAACCAGAAUAUUGUGUCUCUGGGGAAAAGUGUAUUCUUCAGAGUUUCUGUCUUUUGGGCAAAACAUACACACAGUAAUGUUUCUGUGUGUAAUUUGUAAUGCAGGAUAUAGUUAUGUUAUAGCUAUUAUUACCUACAAAAAAUGUUUAGUUGCUGUUUGGCCGUGAUAGCAGUAGUAGCAAUGUCUGGGUGACUGCUCAACAGUCUUCAGAAUUGUAGCAACAAACUCAUAAUUUUUAAUGUGAUGUUUUAACCAUUAACAGCUUACCUAACGAAGCUAGAAUUGUUUUGUGUUUACUGAUGACCAGUACCUGAUUUAGAAUUUUAGCAUGGUCUUUUGUAUUUUCAUCAGGCUUUCAAUAACUCAGUUAUAAUACAAAAUAUUAAAUGUUUAAAAAUGUAAUUAUUGACAUUUGAAUUAAAACUGAAUUUGUUAGAAUAUGUCUGUUUCAUUAAUACAAAAAGACUGGCAAUGGUAUUAUUUAAUGGAUCCCAUUGAGCAAAUUCUCAAUUAAAACUAUGUACAAGGUUAACAUGGAUUGUGUAAGAUUCAGAAUAAAUAUUUUUUUCAGAGGAAUUUAGUAACUGAAAGGUUGUUUGUAGUGAUAGUUUUUAAAAAAAACCUAUAGAAAUAAGGGGAGUAGGUCAUUUGGCCUAUCAAGCCUCUUGUGCCAUUUAUAAGUCCUGCAAGAUGUUUGUAUAUUGUAAUGAGAUCUCUCUCAACCUCUGCUGGAGUGAAUUCUAGAUUUUGACUGUCAUUUGUGUGUUUUAAAAAAAUAAUGAUCUGGUUAUUUUUAAAACAGAUUUCCCCCUUGGAGAAAGUAGUUUUUCUCUGUGUGUUCUUAAAAAUAUUAAACAUUUUUUUUCAGGAUGGC